AUGGCUCUCAUGGCGGCCGGCUUAAGGACUCUUUUCCCGUCUAUGGUCUGCUUCGUCCUGGGCGCGUGGAUCUACGUGAUGUACACCGAUGGCCUCACCGUCCAGGAUUUCUUUACCCCAUGGAUGGCUGGCUUUUUUGUUGAUUUCUACAUUUACGUUUUCCCCUUGGCGCUCUGGGUUUUGUACAAGGAAUCCAACUUGCUGUUGGUGCCGGUUUGGAUACUUCUGUUGAUAUGCACUGGCAGGAGCGUCGAGGUUCAAAAGGGGAAGCAGCAGCGCUCUCCGAUGUUAGUCGUCACUGCACGCAUUGUUUUCACCAGUUUGGUUGGUGUGAUGAUAGCAACCCUGAUUUGCUCUGUCGUGAUUCAAGGCUCUCCUUUCCGCAAAGAGAUCUUGACUCCGGCGAUGGCUGCCAACCUGAUCGACAUGUGUGCUAACUUCAUCGCUCUUUCGGUGUGGGUUGCCUACAAGGAAACAAGUUGGCUAAGCGCUUCCUUGUGGAUAGCUGUUCUGAUACUUCCUGGCGGUAUUGCUGCCUUCAUUGCAACACAGCUGUUUCAGCUUAGCUCUCACGACCCACUCUACCUAGUUUUGGUGAAGAAGAACAACAGCAAGAGGGAAACCAGCAGG